AUGUGGAUACGUGAGAGCACAGCACAAAUGGUAAGAGGCGGCGUUUACCAAUACACAGAUCCCACUGUUCCAAAGAACGUACGGCUUGAAGCAAUCAACCCUUACACUGUGCAACUGAGGUGGAAUCCGCCACUCCAACCUUACGGCAGUGUUGUCGGCUACAUUAUAAAUUGGUAUCUUGACAAUGGGGAGCAGAGAGAGCUUAAUCUACUCCCGACUGCUACAAGUUACGUGAUUGCAGGUUUGAGACCAGGGCAAACCAUUUCUGCCCAUGUUAGAGUGGUGACACAAAGGGGCCUUGUCUUGAAGCACAAAUACACCAGCGACACCAGUAAGGUGACAGAAGGCGGAGGAAAGGAAGAAGUGAAGUACGUUGUUACCGAAGGAUCCGCAUUACUACUUGCACUCACGGAGAGGACUACAUCUGUCGACAAUUCCAAGAUUAGAGAUGAGAACAGGGUUGCCCUCACUACUGCUACCCUCGAAAUAAAUGAACUCUUCUCUAAUCAAGGAAUCACAGCCAAUUUGGAAGAGGAAAAGGAUGCGAAAGAAGAGGAGGACCAGGGACAGGGGUCGGAAGGUGAGGAGAAUAUUAUGGGUGGGUUGAUAAAAAUGUUUGAGGCUACAACUGGCAGAAGUUCAGCUCAAAUUUUAACAGACGAUCCCAGAAGUAAGACCACGCGCGAACCCACGGGAGCCAAAACAAAGACAACUAAAUUUAAUGGUGUGAUAAUCACUGAGAAGGAGAAAGAAGUGUCUGCUACCGUAGAGGGCUCCUCGACCACUCCUGCCAUCACAACGGUGGGCAUGUCGAACCACACUUCUGCAGAGGAAGAGGAGCAGAGGUUAAAGAGGACUACCACAGUCGUCCAUGGCAAGGCGUCUAUCACAAUCUCUCUAUUAACUACGUUAAGAGGUCUCUUCGUCACUCCUAUAUCCAUCGCAACUGCCACGCUCACCUCUAAAGCCUUGCCUGCUGCGAUCGCGCUCACUUUGAUUUUGCUGCUGCUGUCGUCCACCUUACUGUGA